UGCCAGUAGUGGAGGACAUGAAUAAUGAAUAUUUUAAAAUGUAAAACUCAAAACCUGCGUAUCAGUUUCCUUCUCUGGAAUGAAUGUUAGUAUGUAACAGUAUGAGUAUAUUCAAUCAACAAAAUUAAGCGUAUACAGAGACUUCACUGAACAUGAACAAGGAUAUGAUAUUCAGUGGCUAUCAAUUUCUUCUCCAUCUUGGAGUCUUCACUCUCCUUGUAACCUUUUCCAUUACAAUCACACACGCUGUUCCGCCCAUUCUUGAUGUUUCUUCUCUUAAUAGGACCAGUUUUCCCCCAGCUUUCAUCUUCGGCACUGCCUCCUCAGCCUACCAGUACGAAGGUGCUGCAAAUGAAGGAGGUAGAGGGCCAAGCAUAUGGGAUACCUUUUCUCAUAAACAUCCAGAACAUAUAUCUGAUAGAAGCAAUGGAGAUGUAGCUGUCGAUCAAUAUCAUCGUUAUAAGGAAGAUGUUGGGAUCAUGAAGUAUAUGAACACUGAUGCGUACAGAUUCUCUAUCUCGUGGUCAAGGAUAUUGCCAAAAGGAAACAUUAGCUCGGAUAUAAACCAAGAAGGAAUCAAAUAUUACAACAAUCUCAUCAACGAACUGCUGGCUAAUGAUAUUCAGCCAUUUGUGACUCUUUUCCAUUGGGAUCUUCCCCAAGCCUUAGAAGAUGAAUACGGUGGAUUCUUAAGCCCUCGUAUUGUAAACGAUUUUCAAGACUACGCAGAGCUAUGCUUCAAGGAAUUUGGAGAUAGAGUGAAACAUUGGAUUACUUUUAAUGAGCCAUGGAGUUACAGUAUGGGCUCAGAGCCCUACAUGAGCUCACACUACCAACUGCUAGCUCAUGCAGCAGCUGUCAAAGUUUAUAAAACCAAUUAUCAGGCAUUUCAAAAGGGUUUGAUAGGCAUCAGCUUAAAUUGUCACUGGUUUAUUCCGUUCUCAAAUGACACAUUAGAUGAUCGAGCUGCCAAACGAGCUCUUGAUUUCAUGUUUGGAUGGUAUAUGCAACCACUUACAAGAGGAAAGUAUCCAAAAACCAUGCAUUCUCUGCUGGGAAGCCGAUUACCAAACUUCACAGAAGAGCAAUCCAAGCUACUUAUUGGCUCGUUUGAUUUUAUUGGACUCAAUUACUANACAACUAAUUAUGCUGCUCACAUAUCCCAGCCAAUUAAUAACUCAGGCAAUACUAGCUAUUUCCAAGAUACUAGAGUCAAUUUUACAACUGAACGUAACGGGUCACCAAUUGGACCAAGGGCUGCUUCAUCUUGGCUAUAUGUUUAUCCAAGGGGACUUAGAGAACUGUUGUUGUACAUCAAGAUUAAGUAUAAAAACCCUGUAAUUUACAUAACAGAAAAUGGGAUGGACGAGACCAAUGAUCCAACACUGUCACUUGAAGAGGCACUGAUGGAUACUUACAGAAUUGACUACUUCUAUCGCCAUCUUUAUUACAUUUCAACUGCAUUAAAGGAUGGGGUGAAAGUACAUGGAUACUUUGCAUGGUCGCUUCUGGAUAACUUCGAAUGGGGUGCUGGCUACACCUUGCGCUUUGGAAUUAACUUCAUCGAUUACAAGGAUAAUUUGAAAAGACACCAUAAGCUCUCUGCGCAUUGGUUCAGGAAUUUUCUUCGAAAACAAUAGACUAAAACCUCAAGACAUGUUGAGUACUAAUUCUGUGGAUAUUGAGAACGAAAGGAAGAUCCAAGACAUGUUCUCAUUGGUUCAAGAACAUCCUCAAGAAACAUUUCUUGUAUCAUGUCUUUAUGCAAAUUCUGUUCUUUAAUUUUGCAUUUUGAUUCCUUCAUGAAUCAGUGAUUCUAGUUUGACUUGAAAGUAUAUACAAGACGGCCAUCACAAUUAAAUAGUUUUGCA